AUCAUGAAGACUGCAUUCUUUCUGCUGCUGGCUGGUCUGACAGCCACAGUCCAAUCCGACCUGCUGGCUCCGGCGAACGACAUCUUGUUCCCAUCGAGUGAGACAUCUGACAACCCCUUGAAAUAUGCCGGAGGAAAUAGUCCCUAUUUUGCAGGGCCUAACGUAAAUGGCAUCAAGAAUGAGGUCCCUGAUCAGUGCUCGGUCCGACAAGCUGCUUAUAUUGUCCGCCACGGCAGUCGAUUCCCUGACACUGGCUCAUAUAACUCUUGGGUUGCAAUCCAUGACAAAAUUCAACUUGCGAUGAACCAGACCGGCUUCAAAGCGCGUGGCUCAAUGAACUUCAUAUCCAAAUGGAAGCCAGUUCUCACCAAUCCGACCCUACAGCUCGCACAGGAGUCGAUGACGGGUUGGAAAGAGGCAAGCGAUCUCGGCUAUCAACUGCGGGCCAGGUAUCCGAGCUUCUAUGAGGACGGCAAUCCAUUCUAUGUGUGGGCGAACCAAUACAAGUCUCCUAUCAACAGCUCGCGGGUUGUCCAAACCGCAAGAGCCUUCAUCCGGGGAUACCUCUACGAGUAUGCCGACACAUAUGGAACCGUUGUCAGUGUGAAUUCUACGGGCUCGAACAGUGCCAUUGGCAACUCGCUGGGCCCCUCAGAUGCAUGCCCUGAAUUUGCUUCCACGAGCAGCGGAGGAAACAACGUAACCAACUGGGAUGCGACCUGGGUUCCAAAGACCGUCCGACGGAUCAAUUCACUCCUCAGUGGAAAUCUCACUUUUACCGAAACGGAAGUGCUCUUCUUCCCUUAUAUGUGCGCCUAUGAGAGUCAAAUUAUGGGAACUCUCAGCUCCUGGUGUGGUGUAUUCACAGAUAGUGAGCUUCGCAAGUAUGCAUACUCUCAGGACUUGAGCUACUUCUAUAGUGUCGGGCCCGGUUCCGUUGGACCAGCCAAAGUGCUCUUCCUUCCCUUCCUUGAGAGCCUGAUCUCUCUGCUCGAAAAGGGCCCCGGACAGAAAGGUGUUGGUCAAGAUGGAGGCACCUUUGACAUUCCCGCUCUCAUUAUGGGCUUCUUGAAUGAUAAUCAAAUUGCCGAGAUGACCGCUGCGAUGGGAAUCUUUGACAGUGAGGGACUUCUUCCCGAUGAUCAUAUUCCAUCCGGUCAUCUCUAUAAUGUGGCGAAUUUCAUUACUAUGCGUGGAACUGUGGCCUUUGAAGUCAUGGAUUGUACGACAAAAUCCAAGAGCUCCUCGACUGAGGCCUACAUCCGAAUCCUCUUCAACGAUGCCGUUUACCCAAUCGCAGGUUGCCACAAUGGACCUGGAAAGAGCUGCGCCCUCUCUGAGUAUGCUUCCAUCAUUCGCAAAAAGCAGGAUCAGGCAGGAGAUUUCCAAAGUUACUGCAAUGUGACCGAAAGCAGUCAUCCGACGCCCGUUCUGGGAGCUAGCUUUUUCAGUGACCUAUCGCUGGAUUUCCUCACCUUUGUCGCUCCAUAG